AUGAAAAAGGGUAAAGACAUUGAUAGAGAGGAGCAAGACACAGCAGCAAAUGAGCCGCUUAGUCCGGUUUCGCAGUUGUUAGUUUUGCCAGGCCUUUACUGCGUCAUUGUUUUAACUCUAGGGUUUAAAACUAGAUGCAACCCAUCUGCCAUUGUUGAAGGUAUCAAGAACACGUGGAUCAAGCUCCCUCGCUUCUCUAGCAAAGUGGAGAUGAAGAAAAAUGGACAAGCGGUUUGGGUCCCUGUUACUGUUCGAGUUGAAGAUCAUGUUAUUGUACCAGAUUUUGACCAUGUCAACAUUGAAAAUCCUGAUCAAUUUAUAGAAGACUAUACGUCAAACAUUGCUAGUACUCCAAUGGAUAUGUCCAGACCUUUAUGGGAAUUUCAUGUGCUGAAUGUAAAGACAUCAAACGCAAAAUCUGUAGGCAUAGGAAAACUACAUCAUUCACUAGGCGAUGGGGUGUCUCUUAUGUCUCUUCUACUCGCUAGUUCACGAAAAGUAUCAGACCCCAAGGCUCCUCCAACUACAACGGCUACAAAAAAACAUGCUGAUUCAAGUGCUAAGGGUUGGUGGUGUAUUAGGAGAUUUUGGUUGGUGAUAAAUAUCAUUUUCACAACUCUCAUUGAAUUGUUCAAGUUUUGGCUUACUGGCUGUCGACACAACAGUAAUUCCAGACCCUCAUCAACUAUGUGAUGAUUUGGUAGAGUCGCUCAAUAUCAUCAAACUUGCUGCCUUGGAGAAAGGAGUUCACAACAUGGAGGUUUGAGACAUUAUCACUACUUGAUAACUAUGAAGUUUUAUUUUUAAAAGAUAACAGGUGUUGAAAUCUAAUUAUGUACUAUGUAAGCCUGGUUUGAUCUCAAUAAAAAGUUCUCUCGGCCGAAGCAUUUCUACAUUAUAAUAUGUUCAAUCGAUGAUAUGUGUUUGAUUUUU